UGGAAUCGAGUCGCCCUCGAGAUUCGGUAGAGAAGACCCGAAGCAUCUGGACAAGUUGUCCCGUGAACCCCGUGAAGCCAAGGAUUCUAUCGCGUUCCAACUUAGUGCCUCAGAAAACAUCCUGAAGGAUAAGAAGUUAUCUCAGUUUUAUUCGUAAAAAGUGAGAAUACAGUGAAAGAUGUUGGGAGAACCGUCAGCACCGAUGGCUUUUUCGUGGAGUGCUGCUUCGGCGGCGGCGAUCAGCAACUUGACCGUGGUCGAUAGGGUUCCAGCGGAGAUGUUACACUUGGUCGAUGCCCACUGGUAUCAAUUUCCACCGUUGAAUCCGCUGUGGUACUCAAUCCUUGGGUUUGCCAUUUUUGUGCUUGCAUGUGUUUCGAUUUGCGGUAACGGAAUGGUUAUGUACAUCUUUAUAACCACCAAAUCGCUACGCAGUCCGUCGAACAUGUUCGUGAUCAACUUGGCAUUCUCCGAUUUCCUGAUGAUGUUCACAAUGGCGCCACCGAUGGUGAUCAACUCCUAUAACGAAACCUGGAGCUUUGGACCAAUGGCUUGUCAGGUCUACGCAUUGCUGGGAUCAUUGUUCGGUUGUGUCUCAAUCUGGAGUAUGACCAUGAUUGCCUACGAUCGUUACGUCGUGAUCGUGAAAGGUCUCUCAGCUAAACCAAUGACUUUCAACGGAUCGCUCGUGAAGAUUAUGCUCGUGUGGCUCAACUCGCUCUUCUGGACUUUGGCUCCUAUGUUCGGUUGGAGCCGAUACGUACCAGAGGGCAACAUGACCGCCUGUGGAACGGAUUAUCUUUCCCAAGAUAUGGUCAGCGUUUCCUACAUCAUCGCGUAUUCAUUCUUUGUGUACUGGCUCCCACUGUUGAUGAUCAUCUACUCCUAUACAUUCAUCCUGAAGGUCGUUGCCGAGCACGAGAAGAACAUGCGAGAGCAGGCUAAGAAAAUGAACGUUGCCUCACUCAGAUCUUCGGAUGCCGCAAAGCAGAGCGCUGAAAUCAAGCUGGCCAAGGUCGCCCUCGUUACUAUCUCGCUGUGGUUCAUGGCAUGGACUCCGUAUUUAGUCAUCAACUAUGCCGGCAUCUUCCAGACCGCUCCGAUCAGCCCAUUGGCCACCAUCUGGGGAUCGCUGUUCGCGAAGGCCAAUGCCGUGUACAAUCCAAUCAUCUAUGGCAUCAGUCAUCCGAAGUACCGUGCUGCCCUGUACAAGAGAUUCCCAUCGUUGUCGUGCACGCCGGAAGUCGUAGGCGAUGAUCAGUCGGUCGCCUCUGGAGGUACGGUUGCAUCCGACACUACGAACAAUGCUUAAGUCAUCCUCGAAUUAGUUUUCAUCAGUCAAACAACAAGACUUUGCGCGUUAACCACUUGACAUGUAUGUUAUAAGCUCAUUUUUUUUUAGUUGUUAGUUUAGUGCCAUGGAAGAGACCUAAUGAGAGUUAAUGUCUCUUGUUCCUGUUUCCUGUAACACUGACAGAUGAUCUCCCGGGAAAAGACUUAUGCACUGAGGUAGCAGCAGGCAUAGAUUGUAGUAAUAAACAUAGAUAUUUACUAACAAU